AUGCCACGACCCUUACUCCCAAAACCGCCUCGCCCCUCACCCGCCAUCGACGCCUCCGCACCAUCACCAGUCACAACCCGCUUCGGCCGCCGCGUAAUCCCACCACGAGACCUAUCCCCCCCAGCCAGCAACCCACCCUCGCAACCCUCUCAACCACCUCAGACGCCCCAAAAAGUCACCACCACCACCACCACCACCACAAAGCUCCCAGCAUACUACUCGCUCGCCCCCAGCGUCCCCUCCCCCUUCACCGGGUCCCUAGAAACAAGCCUCGAUGCAAUCCUCGCCUUUGGCCAACUCUACGCCGCAAUCCCCGGCGUGACACCUCUCGUAACCGCACUUCUCGAGCCCGUCUCCCCUCACACAGACUGGAUCGGUAUCCUCUCGGCCCUGGAAACAGCAACAUCGCUUCACUCCCGAUACUUGAUGACGGAGCUCCUAUUCCUUCUCACACGCACACUGUUGCCCGAGCAAAUCGCCGAGAACAGAGCGAUGCUGGAGCGACUGUACGACCGCAAGAAGCAGCUUGCGAUGCGGCUUUUGCUAAGGUACGAUAUGCUGCGUGAGUGGAAGAUGGAACCGAAUCCCGCGUCGUAUCGCGAGCAGCCGGUUACGGUGGCGUCGGUGGUUCCGGUGCCUGGGUUCGUGGCGCCGGAGCCUGUCGUCGGUGUUGCGUCGCCGCGGUAUCCGUAUCGGAGGCCGUUGCUGUUGAAUGUGAUUCCGACCUUACUUGCGGGACCGGUGGGGGGGUAUGCGUCGCAGAGUGUAAGGGAUCGCAUGAGGCAUCAUGUUACGGUGUUGGAUGGGUAUCUUAUGCUUGGGGAUGAGGAGGUGGAGGGGUGGAGUGAUGGGAGGGUGAAGAGUACAGUGUGCUUUGUGUUGAUGCAUUGGCAGUGGUUGAGGGGGAAUAACGAUACGUUGGAUGAUUUGGAAAUGAUGGAUUGGGAGGGGUUGGAGGGGAAGGCGGAGGAGUGCGGGUGGAUUGGGGAUGAUACGACGAGGGUGCCUACAGGGAGCAGUGUGAAGAAGGAGUUGAAGUCGCUUGGAUAG